AUGAGCAGUACAGGAAAUGUGGGUGAUGCAGCUGUUAAAUUGUUUUCUGUGGAAACGUUUAGCAAAGAUUCACCAGAUUAUGAGAAGAAUGUUUUUAAAGUUCUGGAUGAAGUUUUAGAAAUUCUCGAUCAAUUUUCUAGUUCAUCUAUGGAAUCCAAUCAAGAAUCAUCUUCGCAACAAUGCAAUGCUGCAACGAUUACUGCGAUGAAGAUUCGUGCACAUACAUUACGAUUAUCGAAUUGGAAUGGAAAUAUCGAGAAACUUCCUAGUAAACCUUCAGCUUCGUCGCCUGAAGAAAGUUACUCGGGCUGGAUUGGUGAACAACAUUUAUUGAAAGGCGCACGAAUUACGUCCGAAGAACUUAGGCAAUUGAUAGAUGAUGAACAACAUACUGUUGUACUUGUUGCAAAACUUAAGACACCUUCAGGCUCAAAAAUAGUUGGCUGUUGGAAAAUUAGCACAUAUGACAAAAAUUUACAGAUGACUGAGGAAGAAAAACAGGAUGUAGCUGUUGAAUUUGGUCUGAAUGCUGUGGAUCCUGAUUAUCAAAGCCGAGGCAUUGGAACACUGUUGUAUAAUGGAGCUGUACGUAUUGCAAAGGAAUAUUUUAAUGCACAACGAGUUUAUUCUUGUAUAAUACGGAGUAAACGAAAUCAAAUUGAAUGGUGUUUACGACAAGGUUUUAUAGAUACGGGACGAUUGAUACCGUUGCCAUCCAAAGUGCAACUUCAAGCGAAAGUAGAUCUGGACGAACUGAAAUUUUCUGUUUUAACAAAACGCUUACAAUAA